AUGAGCAUCACUGUCUCUCGGGCGGAGAACCAUCAAGUAUUCUUCAAUUACCGGGGAGAGCAACUGGGAUACUACUUUGUCAGCCACCUCAGUGAUGCCUUCGAGAGGCACCAGAUCAAGUUCUUCAUAGACAAAGACGAGCAGCGAGGCAAAGAUCUCAAACAUCUCUUUGUAAGGAUUGAAGAGUCGACAGUUGCACUAGCCAUCUUUUCAACGGGUUAUCCGGAGUCGAGGUGGUGCAUGGAUGAGUUGGUGAAGAUGAAGAAACUUGCGGAUCAAAGAAAGCUCCUAGUCAUUCCAAUCUUUUACAAGGUGGCAGCAAGAGACGUUCGAGAACAGACGGGUAAGUUUGGUGACAACUUCUGGAAUCUAGCGAAAGCUUCUAGUGGAGAGCAGAUCAAGAAAUGGAAAGAAGCCUUGGAAUGUAUAUCCGACAAGAUGGGUUUGUCAUUGGGAGACAAGAGCUCUGAAGCUGAUUUUGUCAAAGAAAUUGUUAAGGAGGUUCAGAGAGUUAUGGCAACAAUUGAGUUUGAGGAAGAAGAGAAUCAUUUGGGGAACAAAAAGAGAAAGGCCAGGAACUGCAAUUGCCUAUGUGAGCUUCCCGAUUUUAAGAGGACCAAAACUAGAAAGCUUUGA